AUGACAGGUUCACUUGCGUCACAGAAGCAAAGCCUGUGGAUUCUUUGUGUGGUUGUCAUCACUGCAGCUGGAGAGGACACUCCUUGUCCAACAGGUGGACAGAUCCACCUGGGCAGCUGGCGAUGCUAUUGGCUCUCUGAGAGGACAUCCUCGUGGACUGAGGCACAGGAUUCAUGCAGAGAGAUUCAGGGAGGAGAUCUGGCAUCUGCUGAUGGCCUGGAGCUGCAAAACUUCAUCCACUACUCCUUUCCAGUAAAAACCACUGUGUGGGUAUGGCUGAAGGGCUCAGGGGGAGAAGGGUCUGACCAGUUUGGGGUCAUGGAGCCAGUAAGUCCUGCAUUGUGGGCUGGAGGCAGCGAGAGUCAGGGGGGGUGCACUCAGAUGGCUUUGGGUACAAAGGGACGGUGGAGGAAGAGUCAGUGUGCUGGACGAUACCUCUUCCUCUGUGAAAAAGAAGUAACUGAGUCUUUACCAUCCGUGGACAGUUACCUGACUGGAUUGGUUCUCAUGACCGGCAUCUACGCUCAGAUUCAGAUACAGCCCAUUCCCAAUGUCCCAGACAUUGGACAAAGCACAGUGGAGAUGCAGCUAUUCCCGGGGAUCUGGUUCAGUCACGCUGGUCAGUUGGUAUCAGUGGAGCUGGUGGUCCAGCCCAAUCCAGUGUCUUCUCUGGCCCGUAUCCAGAUCCUCCGACCCUACUGCAACCCUAAUCACCACCUGGUACCUCCAGGUUGCAGCUCUCUCCUGAAUCCUUUCAGCUGCUGCUCAGCAGUACCGCUGUGUAACACCACAGGGGGCUGCAGCAUGGGCCAGUACUGGUGCCACUUGAUGGAGACCUGUGUGCACACUACCAGUCCCUGCAGCCCCUACGACUCUGCAGCAGGGGAACGUGGUUUUGCUUUACCUCCCAGAUACCCUGCAAUACCACCCUUUUACCACCUGGUGGCAGACAUGCCUCUGAGAAUAAACCAUAGCUCUGAACUACAAACUAUAGGCCUGCUUCUUCCAGAUCGAGCGAUCAUGGUGUACCCUGAUGAUAUUGUGGCUAUACAACACACUCGCGACUCUGGAACAUUCCUACAUUGCCUUAACAGUGAAGCCUCUUUAGACUCCCCUUGGCGCCAGAGUUACAUGUCCCUUAGGGGGACAGAGUGGGGACGCUGGUGGGAGGGAGGCCUCACUUCUCUGCCCCAAGAAGGCCAGUGGGUUGAUGGGGUGGUGUGUGACCUGAGGAUGCUGUAUGUGGACAAUCUUCACAGAGGUACAGAGCAUGAUGAUAACUUUGGCUUCACCAGCAGAGAGACAACCACAGAUCCAGGUAUUUGGGCCCUGACAACUGGUUUUACUCCGAGUCUGAGAUCUAAGUUUGGGCUAAUCGUGAUCCAACCAGCACCAGAUGAAAAGAACCAGAUUCAUGUCCAGAUCAACUUCCCAACACUUAUUGUCAUCAAGGUCCUGUCUGGACAGAGAGCCAGGAGCUCAUGGUCAGCCCCAGUCCUGCAGACUGGCGUCCCCUUCCUUCCAUCUUGCCCUGAAGAGCUGGCUCAAUCUUGGCCUGGCUGUAAGAGACAGUCAAAUCAUGACUGGUUCUCCUCUGUGACUCUGGUGUUGCCCUCAGUGGGGGUUAAAACGCUGAAUAUCACUGUGAUGGAUGCAGUAAGCUCUCAGAGUGUGAGUUUGAGGGUUUGUGGCUAUGAGGCAGUGACGGGACUUAGUGUUGAGCCACAUGGAUGCCUGAGGAUGCUCGUAGAAACUCCACAGUCAUUUAUAGCCAAAGUGCAGGGUGGUUCCUCAGUAAAAUUCACAUGGGUGAUUGACAACCUGGAGGAGUUUGCCUAUGAAGGAGAAUCUUACAGUGUAGUGUUCAAGAAGCCUGCAGAGUAUAAGCUAAAGAGCCAGCAAAUUCUCCUGACUGCCGAUGAAAUUACCCCACUGGCUGAGCUUGAGUUUCUGUUAGUCAGGGAGGUCGUAGCUGUGGGUGCUACACACCUCUUCACCCUCAGGGUCAAGGUGGACAUCUCCCUGCCAGUCACCUUUAGAUGGGAUUUUGGGGAUGGAAGUAGCAAGGUGAUCCACACCCAGUCGGCUCCAUGUCAGAUCAUGGAAGGGCUUAUGGAGAAAGGAGAGAAGCAAGUGUAUGUCCAGGACUUGGUGAACUAUACUUAUUCCAUCCCAGAUGACUACACACUCCAUGUCCAAGUCUCCAACCUGUAUGACAACGUUGACACAUCCAUGAAGAUAAUCGUCCGCCCUCAGUUAAAUCGCCUCCUCAUUUCCUCGUCCCUUCCCGUGCCCAUUGUCAAACAGACCCUCCUUCUGGAAGCUUCUGCAGAGCCCUCCACCUAUGCUGUCACCUACACAUGGGACUUUGGCGACGACUCUGAAGCUGUCCAAUGUAUCCACCAUAAUGUCAGCCACACUUUUGCAUUUGCAGGGGUCUAUAAUAUCACAGUGUGUGCAAACAACACUCUUUCAGCUCUGACCACCUGGCUCAUGGUGGAAGUCAUGGAGAAAAUCUCUGGAUUAACGGUCAGCUACAGCGGACCCAGUGAACUAAACUCUGCUACAGAUAUCAGAGCUAUGGUGGUCACUGGUACACGUCUCAAGUGGAAUUUUGACUUUGGUGAUGGGUCCCUGCAGGGAAACCUGACAGAUGGUUCCAUCUCCCACAUCUAUAAGUCGCCAGGAAACUACAUAGUUGACGUAACUGUCUCGAAUUCAUUCAGCCAAGCCCAUCAGUCUAUCAGUGUAGAGGUCUAUAGGUUGGCUGUUAGUGGAGUCCUCCCUACAGAAUGCAUCAUGAGUGUAAGAGACAUAGAGUUUAACGCUCUGGUGAAUGGGAACAUAUCCAUUCUGACUUUCCAUUGGCUGUUUGGAGAUGGAUCACCUCUGACUGUAGUGAGGGGACAGUCAACAGCCAGGCACAAAUUUCAAAGCCAUGGGAUUUUUCGUAUUAGUCUGACUGUGUUUAGUUCUGUUACAUCUGUAUCAUUUAAUACGAGUAUCUACGUCGAAGCACCAAUAACCAACAUGACAGUGCAGUCAUCACAGGAAGUAGUGGCAGUAGGAGAAGAGGUAUGCUUCAGGGUGUUAGUUUUCCCUGAACAGAUGACAGGUUACCAAUUUAAGUGGUUCAGCAACCCCUCUAGUGUCAUUGCCAUGACAGAAAAUGCUCAAAAGUGUUUUAUCUUUAAAGACGAAGGUGUUGAAGAGGUAUCAGUGACAGCAAGUAACAAGGUCAACAACCAAACAGCCAAAGCUAGUAUUACCAUUCAAAACCCUGUAAGUAAGCUGUCUGUGGUGCAUGAUACUCAAAUAGACACACUGACAGUCAAUACAUUAGUAUCAUUUUGGGUAGCCAAUUGCACUGGUAGUAAUGUGUCAGUGCUGUGGGACUUCGGAGAUGGCUCUCCAGUUGAGCAAACACAUAACGUGUCACAUGUCUUUACCUCGACUGGUCAGUUCACAGUCACCAGCACAGCAUUUAAUGCUGUUAGCAGGGAUUCUGUGACCCUUACAGUGAAUGUUUUACUUCCUGUUUCAGACCUUUCACUUCACACCAAUCAGCCAUAUGCUGUAGUAGGAGAAGAAACUCUUAUUUCAGCAAUUAGCAGUGCUAUCAGUAGCACUAACUACUACUGGACUGUGGAUGGUAUGACCUCAACCAAACAGGGGACAUAUCAGUUUAGAUUUGUGUUUCUGAAACCAGGAGUGUAUCAAGUAAGGGUAAUAGCACAGAACCUGGUGAGUAGAAAGGAGGCAGCUAUUCUAAUAGAGGUAUUUGAAAGAAUAGAGGGUCUUCAGAUUGAAUGUCAGAGCCUGACAAACAUGAAAUAUGUACCAACCCAAGAGGAACUGCUGUUUAUUGCUUCAAUCACUAAGGGCUCCAAUGUCACUUAUCACUGGCUUGCUAUGCAGAGCGGAAUAAAUCGCCAAAUUACUGGUAUUGAAGAGCUUUUUCAUAUCUUAGCUGAAACUCCUGGUGGGAUUUCAAUUCAUCUAAGAGCUUCUAACAAGUUGGGUGAGGCAACCAGCAUUGUUUCUUUAGUGGCAGUACAGCGUCUAACAAGUGCACACAUUACAACACAAUCAAACAUUGUGGCAUUAGGGAAAGUAGUGAACAUCUCUGUAUCCGUGGUUGCCGGGUCAGACCUACAGUACUUUUGGUAUGUGAAAUCUGAUCUUUCACCACUGCAGACACAUGUACCCUUUCUUCACCAUACUUUCACAAAUUUGGGUCAUUGUCUUGUCAAAGUUUCAGUUCAGAAUGUCCUCAGCCACAGCAAUGCCUCAAAAGAGUUUAAUGUUCAAGAAGAGAUCCAAGAGGUGGACUUUAAAAUUGAAGGAAAGACAAAUCCAUUUUAUAUUGCCGCAAGUGCUGCUGUUCCACUCCAUGGACUUAUUCGUGAGGGUAGCGAUCUGCACUGGAAUUGGAAAGUUAGAGGUGCCAAAAGCAUGCUUUUUAAUGCCCCUAAUAGGACAUUUAACUACACCUUUCCACACGCAGGCAUCUAUCAGGUAUCUUUGAAUGUUUCCAAUGGGAUAAACUGGCAGAUGGUUUCACACAUUGUCACAGUCCAGGAUGUAAUCAAAGGUCUAAUGCUGAACAUUUCUAAGUCUUCUUUCUGCACAGAGGAACAUGUUACUUUUAUACCAACAAUCUCCAAUGGAAGUAAUGUAAGCUUUGCUAUAACAUUUAGAAACAAAGACUGGAUUUAUAGUCAGGGCAUUCUCGAGGGCCAGUUCACCACAUCAAACCUUCUAGCAGGGACACAUGAAGUUACAGUUAAAGCUUGGAACCAGGUCAGUAGUGCUGAGGUGUCUUCCAGCUUUCUGGUCACUGAGCAUAUUCAAGGUUUGGGGCUUGUGAACUGUUGUUCUACUGCUCUAGAGGCUCUUAAAGGAAUACAGUUCAAGGCAGAAAUUCAAAGUGUACUUCCAGUCAAUUACACCUGGACAUUUCACUUAGUGGGAUCUGAGCCCACAUGGCUCAUGGGACAAGAAGUGAUCUUCACUCCACCUGAGAGCGGUUUAUUGUCUGUUAGCGUGCUAGCCACCAAUGGAGUCUGCUCCAUGAUGGUAAAUGACACUGCUAUAGUUCAGUGGCCUGUUAAGACAGUAAAGCUUGUCUGUCAUUUAGACAGAAUAUUCAUUGGACAUGCUGCCAUGUUUUCUACAAAAGUGAAUGGAGGGAGCAACCUCAGAUACAUCUGGGACUUUGGAGACUCUACUGAAGAAUUAGUGACAGACUUAAGCACAGUCAGUCAUACUUAUUAUAUUCCUGGGAAAUACAGUGUUACAGUCACAGUUCUCAACAGUGUCAGCCAUGUGUCCACACAGUUAUACAUGAAGGUAGAGGAGCCCCAGUGUUCCAGCCCCCAAGUCUCUCUUGUCCAGAGCCAGUCUACUAUCUUCAGGUCAAGGACAAGUUUUUUUGAAGCAAGCGUUGACAUUAACUGCUCUGCUUACAAAACCACAUACCUAUGGGAGAUACUCAAAGAGUCCAAUUGUACCAAUGCCAACUCUGGGAACAACGUCAUUCUUAGAAGUCCGGUAGAUGCAACUUCACCUAUUCUCUUACUCCAAAAGCAUACCCUCGAUACGGGACAGUAUUGCCUGGUAUUCACUGUUUCACUCCAGGGAACCCCUCUACUUGUCAAACGAAAAACCACCAUCACAGUGGUCCAUUCCCCACUGGUAGCUGUCAUCAAGGGAGGCUCACACAGACUGUGGCCCAGCCUCAGUGACCUAGUCCUGGAUGGCUCUGAGUCCCAAGACCCUGAUAUAGAGCCAGAAGUAGAAGAUACACUCCAGUAUCACUGGACCUGCAUGACAGUGGUGACUGUGUGUGAAGCUCCUGUGCUUCCGGUGAUUGUGGAAUGUGUGUCCUGCUCUGUCCUGUCCUCCUCUUACCACAUUAGUUACACUACCCCCAUCAUAUUCUCAGGACAAUGUGGACAAUGUGACGACCAGGCUCAGUACAAAUGGAGUGCAGCAGACCAGACUGGCAUGACCCUUGACCUUGACAAGGUUUCCACCACUACAGGGGGACAGUCUCCUAAUUUGGUGGUGCGUUCAGGUGUCCUGCAGGCAGGGAAAAGUUAUACCUUUACUCUCAAUGUAUCCCAGCCUGACAUUGAGCAGUGGGGCAGCGCCAGCCUUACCGUACUACCUAACAAUCCACCACAUGGAGGCCUCUGUGAGCUCAGUCCAGAGUCAGAUAUUCGUCUGCUGGAGACAGUGGUCACCUAUAACUGCUCAGGGUGGCAAGGUAAUGAAAGCAGUGCCUCUCAGCUGAUUUAUACCUUCCAGGUAGCACCAUGCCAGCUCGUUGGCAUGGUGUGCCCCCUGCUCACUCUGUACAGGGGUACCCGUUCAACAUUUGGCAGCUUGGUUCCAAUGGGAAGUCCUGAGCAAAAAAGAAACAUGUCAGUUAUCACAGUUACAUUGCUGGUAGAAGACUACUUGGGUGCAAAGGUUGUUGCUCUGAACAGAAUGUUAACAGUUGAACAUCCAGCAAGGGAUAGAGCUGCCAGUCAGUGGCUCAGAAACAAGAGCCAGACUGAGCUGUGGGCUUUAGUCCAACAUGGCAACCCUCAAGAGAUCAUUCCUUAUUCCAUUGCCCUCACCAGCCAACUCAAUCAGAUGGAGUCGGGAUGGACUGCCGGGGAGCUCAUGGACAGAAGGGAGAUCCGGGAAAAUGUGACCCAAGCCUUGGCCUCUCUCCCCGUGUCCUCCUUGUUGGAUGUCGACCAGAUCAGCUCAGCACUGUCACAGUCUACUGCUGUUCCUAGUGAAUUGGUAUGUGAAAACUGCCAGGAGAAGGUUCUGGAAGCUGUAAGGAAGAUGAUCCAUGUAAUGGAGGAACAGAUGAGUCCCGGUGGUUUGUCAACUGUUGAAACAGGAAGAAACAUCCUUAACAUCAUAGGCAGCACCCUUGCUGCUGUGUCUGUCACUGCUUUCAAUUCUCACCCAGCCUACUCAAGCACUCUGCAGUCGGCUUCCACAAUCGCCCUGUCAGCGCUGGGUCACGCAAGGGCCCUGAUGCGCUCUCUGAUGCAUUCACAUGUGCAUGGCGAGGCUCCCCUUUCACUCUCCACCCCUUAUAUCAAUACAGUGGGCUUCCAUGGAGACCCCUCCGACCUCCUCUGCACUCACCACUCCAACCAAAACCAGAUCAUCCCCUCUCAGUUACCAUCAACUGAUGAAUCUAAGAGUUCUCGCCCAUGUCAAUUUCAUAUCCCUACCUCCCUUACUGCUCACCUGAAGAGUCAGAAGUCUGAGGUGGUGCAAGUACUGUUUGGUAUGGAUGGAGAAUUGGGAUCCAACCCAUUGCUGACUGCAGCCGAUCCUCCAAUUUCUACCUCGCUGGUUGGCAUGGAGCUCACCACACCUCAGGGCCAACCCAUACCCAUCCAGGAUCUGAACCCUGAACAGGCCAUACGGGUCACCCUGCCCAACAAGUACCCUGUGGGACAGGAUGAUAGGGGUGGAGAUGGGAGGGUAGGUGAAGCUGGGAACGAGACAUGUCUUACUGUAACUCUGCCUGCUGAAGGAAGGUUGAACCUUACAGUCAAAGCUGUGGAUAGGCUUGAUGAAAAUGCGGGUUUAUAUAUCUCCUUCAACUUCAGUCUGGACCCAGGAGCUACUCCAGUGAGCCUGGGACAUGUCAAGAUAGAAGUGAGCUCUACAGUGCCAGGGACUAAUGCAUCCCAGGAUUCCCUUGUGAGAGAGUGGGCUCUCACUCUCUCCGCUCCGACCACCUCUAAAGAGGAAUCCAUCUUUCUGUCUCCACUCUCUCUGUGUCAGUACUAUAGUGUGGAGGAGAGGCGUUGGAGCAGUGAGGGUCUACAGCCACUGGAGGGCAGCACACUCCACACAGCACACUGUCUCACCCAGCACCUCACCAUGUUUGGGGCCAGUUUGUUUGUUCAUCCUGGGGCCGUUGUUCUGCUGCCACCGUCAGGCGGCCCCUUGCAUAACAUCGUUGUGGCGAUUGUGUGUGCCGUCCUGGUUCUGAUUCACCUGCUGGUGGGGCUCAUCGCUCAUAAACUGGACCACUUGGACAGCUUGAGACUGAGCCAGGUCCCUCUGUGUGGCAGACCAGGGCUGUACCACUAUAGAGUGCUGGUUAAGACCGGCUGGAGACGAGGAGCAGGCACCACGGCACAUGUUGGGAUCAGUCUGUAUGGUGUGAACAAGAGUGGAUCUCGGCAUCUGCAGAGGGAUGGAGCUUUUCAGCGUGGCAGCCUGGACCAGUUUCACCUCGAGACAGAUGACAACCUGGGGGAAGUUUGGAAAAUUCGCAUCUGGCAUGAUAACACAGGUCUGGACCCUUCCUGGUACGUGCAGCAUGUGGUGGUCUGGGACCCUCAGACAGAUCACAUGUUCUUCUUCCUGCUGGAGGACUGGCUCUCUGUGGAGAAUCAGAAGAACGGCACUGUGGAUAAGGAAGUUCUAGCUUCAUGUCCUGAGGAGCUUUCUCAGUUCCGACGCGUCUUCACCUCCCAGCUGAUGUUUGGGAUGGUUGAGCACCACCUGUGGCUGUCGCUGUGGGAGCGUCCUGCUCACAGCCAUUUCACCAGGGCUCAGAGGGUUACAUGCAGUGCCCUCAUGCUGCACCUCUACCUGGCACUGGGGGCUCUGUGGUAUGGGGCUGUUGGCACCGUGGGGCACAGUGGUCCAGUGUCAGCCCAGCUGCUGGUUAGCGUGGAGACAGUUGCUGUGGGGAUGACUGUUGCUGUACUGGUGUUUCCUGUCCAGUGUUUCCUCUGUUUCCUGUUUAGAAAAGCUCACAGUCAGGUAACCAUGGACAUGUCAGUUCCUCCUUCUCCCGCUUGUCACUCUGUGGAAAUGGACGUCUACCUCGGCCAAUCGGAGCUCUCCGGGCAUUCCUUCCUGUCUCUGCCAGACUCCUCUGGCCCAUUCGGGGACAGUCCUUCAUCUUUACUGGACAGCAAGGCAUUUGACUCCAGUAUUCUGGAUUUUUGGGCUGCAUCUGGCUUGGCUCCCCAGACAGAUGGAGCAUGUCAAAAGGAGGGCAUAGGGACGUGGCCGUCUUGCGACAGCCUCCUCAAUCUACCAGUAGGCCCAUGCAUCACUAUGACGACCCCAGCCCCCAACCUCUGCAAAGCUUCACCUUCUCUUGGCCCGAUGCGCCAGCUGAGGAGAAAAAAGGCCCUGAUGCAGCUCCGCCUGGCCUCCCCCUCCUUCACUGGCUCACCUCCUGCUCUUCACUCUCCCCUUUGCACAUAUCCCCUUUCAAAAGACAUUCCCAGUUCUCACCAAUCUAUUGCUGCACUGAACCGAAAGGUCCCUGCCAUGAACACCAACUUAGUGCAGGCUCAUAACCACAAUCUGACACACUUCACACUUCUGACUCUGUCGGAGGAGGAUCUUCUGAUGUCCAUUGCAGCAGCAGAGGAAACAGCAGAUAUAACUAACAGCAACUCAGACAGCGGCCGUGAUUCCCCCAGAACCACCUCCUCACUCUCAAACACGCAGAGCACCUCGUGUAGCAGCUGGUCAGAGCGGAGUGAGAAUAAGUCCCUGUAUGGUGCAGAGAUCCACAAGCUAAAUGCACAGUCCUGUCCCCCCCUGUAUGGGGCAGGACUCUACAAGUGUCCCUCUGUGUUAUCUGUAGACUCGGUGGCCAGCACCUUCCUGCCGACCCCUUCACCUGACUCCACAUGCUCCUCCUCCACCACACGCAUAGGCGUUGCUCGAGGUCAACCCAGCUGGCUGCUUCCUCCCUGGGCAGUGUGUGUGAUUUACCCCCUGGUGGCUGUGCUGCUAGGAGCCUGCCUGGCUGUGGUCGGACUCUACGGCAGCUUUUUUUCCAGAACAGUAGUCCUCAUGUGGAUGGUAUCAGCUCUCUCUGCCUUUCUUACCUCUGCUCUGCUGCUGGAACCUCUCAAGGUGUUUGUACAGACCUUGAUCUACACAGCACUGUGGAGGCCUGUGGAUCCAGAGGUGGAGGAUCAGCUGGCUCAGGAGACCACUGUUGUGAGGGCGUUUGGAGAGCAUGGUGGGAAGGUUCGGCCACCAUGUGGCUACGGGCUGCUUCAGGCUAAAGAGGAGGCCCGUAAAGUCAGAGCUCUGCGAUCACUAAUGAGGCACUGUGUGUGCCAGCUGUUAUUUCUGUUGCUGGUGCUGAUGGUGAACUACCAGGACAGUGUAGAGCAGAGGCAGGGCAGGCUGCUGCACUCCGCUGUCAGACGCCGUCUUCACACAGCACCCUCGGGGGUCCCUAACCUCACCUCACUCAGAGACUGGUCAGAAGCAGAGCAGUGGAUCAUCCACACCUUAGUGCCACACCUACACCAAAACCCUACACUGCGCCUUGUCGGAUUGCCACGGCUGCAGUACACACAUACUCUCAGUCCUCUGGCAAGUGUCUUCCUGGGAGAUAGCAGUGUAACAACACAGCAGCUCCUAGCUGACCUGCACAUGGCAGACUGGAGCAAGAAACAGUUUAAAACUCUUUCUUUCGACUUCACACACUACCACAGAGAGUCUGGUUUAUUUGUGUGUGUGUCCAUACAACUAGAGUGGGCCCAGACACAGAGAGUCAUCCCCUUUCUCUACAUCCAUCCACUCCUCAUCCCUUCAUCCUUCUCUGGACUGGAUCUGCAAGUGGCACUUACGGCUUUCCUUCUCAUCUCUGCUUUCCUAAUCUUGUUCGGAGAACUGUGGUCUGUGCCUACUGAGCGUGCCCAGUAUCUGCGUCAAUUCAAACACUGGCUCCAGCUUCUCCUGGCCUUGUUGUCCUUGGCAACGGCUAUCCUGCAGCUCUGCUUCCUGGCCCAGGGCACUUCCUGUGUUUCCGAAAGUCUACUAAUUUCAUUACUGCAUGUUUCAGCUGCUGGGAACCUUGAAGUUUGUACGGAGGUGGGUGGUGUUAGGCAGAGUGCUGCAGAGAGCCUGGAGGGAGAUGUGGGCUCUGACUGUCCUACUGCUGUUACUGCUGCUGCUCUGCACUCACCUUGGAAACACGUAGAAGGUUUCCUGUCACUACGUCAGACCGGUGUCUCCGUGCUGUCCAUCCUGCGUGGCCAGGUGGCUCUCCAAAAACUAUGCAGGGUCCACCCAGUCCUGGGCCCUCUCUAUGGGUUACUACUGAUGGGGGGAGGUGUUUGGCUCUUGGCAAGACUCUGUGGAGCUGUUCUCAUCCAUACAUACAGGACAGAGCAGGCUGAACUGUACAGUCCAACCAUUGAACCUCAGGACUAUGAGAUGGUGGAAUUCUUUAUCAAGAGACUCAAACUGUGGAUGGGACUCACCAAAGCUAAAGAGUUCAGGCACAGGGUGAAGUUCCAAGGUAUGGACAUCCCUCCUUCCAGGUCCUCACAGCACUCCCGUCUCUCCACUCUGUCUUCCACCCUCCACUCUUCACACUCUCCUUCCUUAUCCCCCUCAUUUUCAUCCCCCUGUCCCUUGUCCUCGGCUCUUUCUGUGAGGUCUGAGGACUCGUCAGUGUCCGAGCCUGGGUUUGACGUCCAACCCCACCUGGACCGCCUUCUGCCCUGUGUCAGUGCACUGCUGUCUCAUUUUGAUCAGGUCAACCAGAUUACUGAUGACGUUCACAACCUGGAAAUGAAACUGGAAGAGGCUCAGACAAGAAGAAGGAAGAGGUGGAUCAGUAACGAGGACAAAGGUGCAGAAAGAUUUAGAGAGUCAGCAAAGCCAAAGGAACUGGAAGAAGAAGAAAGGCAAACAGGAGACGUUAGACACAGGAAAACAGGUUUUCUUUACCCCAAGCCACGAGUCUCCCUUCCAUCAUCAUUUUCUUUUACUCCCUCCGCACUUCACAAUUCUGCUGCAUCAAGCUGCAUCUUUCCCCGUACACGUAGGACCUACUCUGAGUCUGAAUCAGUACCAUUCCAGCCUCAAGCAUCUAGCAACAACCGUACUUCUGAAACAGCCAUGCUUGCUUCUGGGAUCAAUGGUUUAUAUCCUGCAGGUUCUCCUGGAUUUGGAAGGCUUCCCAGGAGAAGAGCUUGGCAUUCUGGGAGCUCUCACUCAGCUGAUGCAGCUCAGAGGAUCUUACUGACCCAAGGGGGGGUUGCUCCAUGUUGCUCCCAUUUUGCAUUCACUAAUACCAGACCCAGGAGUGAAGAAGGGUUAAGAGGAUAUAUCAGUGAUGGAGUCCCUGUGAAAAGGAAGGCUUGGAUCCUUGAAGGAUCAGAGACUGAGCAAGACUAA